AUGUCUUCAAAUCGGACAAACAAACCUAUGCUUGAGAAACGCCGUCGUGCUCGAAUCAACAGAAGUGUGACGGAAUUGAAACGUCUCGUAUUCGAGCUUGCGAAAAAACCGGCAAAUGAUGCCAUUAUGGAGAAAGCAGACGUUUUAGAAAUGACUGUUAAUCACCUGAAGAAUAGGAUCGGAAGGCGUAAACUUGAUAAUUCAGCGUCAGCAAACCCUCGUUCAAUGGCGUAUUACCGGGAAGGGUUCACCGCCUGCACCAGGCAUAUCCUGGAUUUCAUGACGAUUGAGUCCUCUAGCUCUGGGGUGCACAACAGGAUGAGAAUGCUAAGUUAUCUGCGUAAAUGUCUCGAGGUGGACACAGCUGCCUCACCCAACGAGGAGACCCCGCCACUUGAGCAGCUUACGGCUUCAGGAAAUGGACGCAAUAGCUGCGUCUCGAAUCGUAAACGGAGCAUCCAUGAGACUGACAUGUCCUUGUACAACAUUUACAAUACCGAGGACAGUUGCAGCUUUACAGAUGAAGGGGAGGGACCCCUGAAAUGCAGGUUGUCUCCAUCUUCCUCUAUGACGUCCAAUUCCAGUUUCGAGCUCUCUCGGUCCACCGGGAUCGAGGGCUGCACAGGAGACAAUGUGCCUUCUUCCUCCUCACCCGACAGCGCAAGUUCGUCCAACAAGGUCCUUAACUGCUCCAAGUCAUAUGACGCGAGUGGGCAGUUCGGCCUCUUGGGGCAUUUGGACUCGACAAAAAAUCUCGGCGUGCUGAGUCACAUCGUCCUGUCGAGGGAUCAAUAG